AUGUUGCGUGGAUUAGCGCUUGCCAUUCUUUUCGAAUCUGCUUUUGCCCAACAACAACUUACCCUGGCUAGAAACUAUAGUGGGAGUGGCUUCUUCGACCUAUGGAACUUCAAGACCGGAAAUGACGCUACGGACUUUUUCGGGCAGCCAGGAAAUAACGGCAAUGUGAAUUGGACCGACCAAGCAACCUCAGCCGCCUUUGGUCUCACCUUCGUUAACGAUGUGGGCAAUGUCAUUGUCAAGGUGGACAACACGACUAGUGCUGCUCCUGGUGGAACCUAUGGACGAAACUCUGUGCAAAUGCUUAGCAAAGAUCAGAUAACAGCCGGAAGUCUUGUCGUUUUGGACGCAAUCCACAUGCCCUUUGGCUGUUCGGUCUGGCCUGCGUUUUGGAUGAUUGGUGCCGAUUGGCCUACUAAUGGCGAAAUUGAUAUAGUAGAGAACGUCAAUCUCGCGACUAAGAAUCAGUACUCUCUCCAUACGCUGGAUGGAUGCAGCCACCCUCCGGAUGGUGUCGUUCAGGAGACAGGAACUCUCAACAACGCCAACUGUUUCGUCAAUGCCUCGCACAACGAGGGAUGUCUUGUCGCCGAUGGUCCGUUGUCCUACGGAGCUGCCUUCGCAAAUAACGGAGGUGGCGUUUUUGCCACCCUCUGGGACAGCAAUGGCAUCAACAUCUGGUUCUUCCCUCGCAGUGGGCCAAUCCCAGCGGACAUCGAUUCUCCAUCACCUAACCCUUCGAGCUGGCCGACCCCUGUGGCCUCAUAUCCUGUCUCAACGUGCGACGUGUCCAGGUUCUUCGGACCGCAAACCAUGAUUCUGGAAACUAACGUUUGCGGGAAUUUUGCAGUUGAUGUGUUCUCGACAACUUGUGGGUCUGGAAAAUGCACCGACCUAGUCACUGACCCUACAAAUUAUAACGAUGCAUACUGGGAAAUCCGAUCUAUAACCGUCUUCUCAAACUCUACUACAAAUAAUCCAACAAGCACCAGCAACGUAGCUUCCCCUACCUCUGGUACUGGAAGCGGAUCAGGGGCUAGUGGUACUGACUCUAGUUCAAGCGGAAACUCAACACCAAAUGCAGGAACGACCUCAAAUUCUGCUGCCAUACCCAGAUAUAAUCUGGGCGCCGUCGCUUUUGGUGUCAUCGUUCCCAUAAUGAUAUCGUUGACAGUAUGGUCGAUGCAGUGA